AUGCCGGGAGGAGAGUCAACGCGACGGUCAAGAAGAACAAAUCUAGGACAACCACCACGUCGACUCGGAGAAGAAGAAGAAACCUUGGAACAAGACAGCAACAGAACUGUUCGAUUUCGCGACGAAAACCUCGAAGAAAUUAUCGACAACAGAACUGCCCAAGUUGAAAUGGAUCAAGGGCAAGGUGCAGCACCACAACAGGGUGCAGACGCGAAUGCAGCAAACCAAGGAAACAACCAGAAUGUUGCAAACAAUCCGGCACAAGCCGCUGGGAACAAUGCGGGUCAAGCAGUGACCCCACAGUUACGCCAAGUGAUUGCGACUGAAAUUGCGAAUGCGAUAGGGCCGCUAAUGCAACUGCUCCAAGGACAACAGCAACAGCCGCCACAGCAAGCCCAACCUCAAGCACAACAGCAACCACCAGCGCCACAUCAGCAGCAGCAGCCACCAGCACAACAGAUCCAAGGACAGCAGCAACAGCCGCCACAGCAGGCACAACCGCUAGCGCAACAACAGCCUCUAGCGCAACAACAGCCUGCACAACAACAGCUGCCGCCACUACAAAAUCCUCCGGUACCGCAACCACAACCAGCUGCUGCCGCCGCAGUCCAACAACCACAAAUUGUAAUGGCGUCAAUGUCCACCUUUCCACAAGGGACCGACCCAAUGAUUGAUCCCAAGGAUCCUGUGCAUGGUCGCCUUAAUCGGAGUAUGUAUAACGAGGCCAAGGAGGAACUCAAGACCAAGAUUGACGGGAAGAACUUGAGCAUGGUUAUCUCGGAACUCAGGGAGAGAUGCAGUGCGAUCAACUGCAUGGACCUAUUCAACGUUGUCACCACAAAUGGGACAAAGAAUCUACUCAAGCACUAUGGAGAGAUCACAUUCCAAGAUACACGCCAAGAAGCCAGUCAACGUUGGAUGGUCGCCAAUUGGCACACUCAAGCACGAUACUUAAUCGGAAUGUGCUUGCUUCGGUCCAUGACAGAAAUGUUCAAAUUGCGGAUGACGCAGAAGAGGCAUCUGUACAAUAUGCCCAAUGAUCAACCCGAUGGACCUCUCAUUUUUAAAGUGAUGUGUGAUGUUGUGCGCCCUUCGACACGGAACACCACACAAACGCUGAUCAAUCGGAUUCAAACAAUGAGACCUCGUGAAUUCAACAACAACAUUAUCCAAUUCAACAAGAAAUUCACAUCACUGAAGGAACAAAUUCGUGCACAACAGGGCGGGAGCAACUCUCUAACAGAAGAAUUGUUGUACAACGCCCUUGUUUUGGCUUACGACUCUGUGGAUCAAGAUCAAUUCAAAGCAUUCAUGGGAGUAAAGGACAAUUCAGCUAUCCAACCCCACGAAGACCUUAUGUCAGAAGCCGAUGCAAAAUUCCUAGACCUGGGCGAGAAGAAAGUAUGGAACGUCCCUUCACAAAGUCAACAGAUCGUGUCCUUAACGACACUAAUCUCCAAGGCAGAAAAGAAGACUAUCGAUGUCCAACAACAACUGGACAAGUCGAAACAGUCUCGCAAGGAAAAAUCCAAACGUAAAACUUCACCUGUUGAUGAAGCAGCCGACAGUGGCAAGAGACAGCGGCAGACCGACUUCGAUAGAUGGAUGCUUACCAAACCCAAGAAGGGAGAGGAGACCAAGGUGGUCCAAAAGAAAGGUCCAAAUGGACAAGUGAAAGGAUGGAACUGGUGCAACAAACACAAGAAAAUGGUCUUAGCGAUUGGACAAGAUGGGCGACCACACAAUUCGGAUACCUGUGCAUUGAGCAAGACACAGUCCAAUAGCAACCCAAAGCGAGCCAAGAAGCAACUUUGUGUCAACGCCCUCAAGGCAGCACUUGCGCUGGAAGACGAUAGUGAAUCUGACAACGCAGCAAGCAACAGUGACGGUACGGGCGAAUUCCCAACAAACGACGACGGAAGUAACGAGAGCGAUUCCGAUAAUGACUCCUGA